GCAAGGGUUGCCGGGAGGUUGGGAAGCGGCUCGGGCUUUGGCAGAGAAGAAAGUUUCGGGGAUAAAGCGUGUGGAAGAGCGGGGCCGACGGUGCCUGGUCGGACGGCACAACUUUCGUCGCGUUAAUAGUGCCCGAGCCUCGACCGACGACGCGGCCCGGGAAUACGAUGGUGUCGUGGAUCAUCUCGAGGACUGUGGUUCUUGUGUUUGGAACCUUGUAUCCUGCUUAUUAUUCGUACAAAGCUGUGAAAACCAAAAAUGUGAAGGAAUAUAUGCUGUCUGAAGUGCUGAGUAUUUCUGCAUUUUCUGUUUCAAUUCAGUCCUUCCAGCAGAUUCUCUGGCAAGUUCGGUGGAUGAUGUACUGGAUUGUUUUUGCCCUUUACACGGUACUUGAAACGUUUGCGGAUCUUACUAUUGCAUGGUUUCCACUAUACUAUGAACUUAAAGUUGCAUUUGUUAUCUGGUUGCUGUCUCCAUACACUCGAGGUGCAGGUGUACUUUACAGAAAGUUUCUACAUCCUCUUCUCUCCUCCCGUGAGCACGAGAUUGAUGACUAUAUUAGCCAAGCCAAAGAUCGAAGCUAUGAUACCAUGGUGAGAUUUGGAAAACAAGGUUUAAACUUCGCUGCAACUGCUGCUGUAUCUGCUGCAGUAAAGAGUCAAGGUGCAAUCACUGAGAAGCUGCGGAGUUUAAGUAUGCAUGACUUAACAGCCAUACAAGGUGAUGAGCCUGUAGGACACCGCUCGUUAACUGGUGAUGCAGAUACCAGAAAGAAGAUGAAGCAGUUGCCUAAAGAGGAUUUUGCCAGGCAUUUUGAUUAUGAUGAUGUGGAUAGUGAGGAUCGAUCAGAGAUUGAGCAAAACAGUGCUCAUUCUGAUGAUGAGGUGGUCACACAAAAGCACCUUCAACGAUCACAGAGCCUUAAAGUGAAACGGAAAGGCCACCGUAAAGAGGUUCGGUAUGGAUCCUUGAAAUUGAGACCUAAGAAGCGGCCACAAUGUAGUUAUAUCCCAGGAUAAAAUGCUUUGGAUAAUCUUUUUGAUCCUAACUUGGCAAUAUACAGUGUCAUUUGUCAAUAUUUUUCUAAUUUUCAGAAAGCUGAGGUUUGCUGUUUCCGAUGUAUAUGACUUUGUUGUUUGACUCAUCCUGCUGAGUUGGCCCAAUGACGGAGGACUGCAUUUAUUGUCACAGUCCCGUGAUGAUUGGGCUUGAAACUGAAAUCCAAUAUUGACAAAUCAUCCACAGAUAUAUUCUUACAAAUCAGGAGAAGAGAUAAAGAGUCUGAGGAGAAGAUUUGAAAAACUUGAAUUCUGAAUUACGGAGAAGCUUAUGGAAAAUUGAAUUUGAGCUGUGAUUUAAAAAAAAAACAAGUAUUAAUUUGUCACAGAAUAAUGCACUUUCUUGCACUUAACACUAAGGACCACAUUUCAGUCAUGAUUUCGUAACUUUGGGCUUAUAUGUAAAACCAUUUAUAAGUGUCUUUCAGGUAGAAUUCUUCAGACAUUGAGUAUGUUUAAAUAUUUAGUUUUUAAACAUUAAUUGCAUGUUUUUAUAAAUUUUGUAUAGGUUUAAUGGGUGCCUUUAUUUUAUCUGUCGGUGUAAGCUGUGUGAUAUUUUCCCCCCAACUUUUUACCUUUUUUAAAUGUGGAAUAUACUGAGUACAAUUCAGUAGCAACUACUUGUGAAUUCAAGAUGUUUGUGUUCUUGGAUUCCAACAUUCAGGUAAAUGUUGGUGAGCGGCUUUACCUGGUUGUCAAAUUUUAACAACAGACAUUUUUAACUGUAUUUUGAUAUGUAGAUCGCAGCAGAGCUGCAAAAGUGUACAGGUUGGUGCAGGACUUUAAACCUUUAUUGUAAUAAAUUUUUUCUGAUUGUUACAUUUAAA